CUGGGGCGAACUGUCCUAAUAAAAAGCAUCAAUAUGGCGUCGUUGAAUAUGAAAGUAGAUUUGUCAAAACAAUGUAUUCCUGAUUCAUCACAUGGUGUGAAACGGAACCGCUCUGAUUCUGAAAAACAACUACUCUGCAAUGAUUUCCAAAUCAAGUUCGACAGUGACACUUUUGCUUUAGAUGAAUAUGACGUAUUUACGAAGGGUAUUUUGCACUUUAUUGAAAAAUCAACAUGUUCUGAGGUAUUCAAUCUUUUUUUUAAAGGUCGAAGAGAGGAUAAAGAAAAAUAUGAGUGUUUUCAGCACGCACUUCUUGAUGUUUUUGACAUUGACUGUUGUGAUAUUGAUGAUAUUGAUAAUGAGGACAUACAGAAAUUAAACCAGAAGAUUGAAGACUGUCAUUGGAUUGACAGAUACAUAUCCAGGACUGAUUGUAAUCGGCAACCAAUCAGAAGACUUUGUGACAGAGAACUCUGUUCAAGUCUGAAGAUGUUUAUGUGGCAGCUAUUACACAUGCAUAGGAAACAAAAAGGAAACGGACCAAAGAAACUUUCAAAAGGAAUGUAUCAAGGACUUUUUGUCUCUUUUGCAAGAAUAUUUGGCUUAAAUAUUGUGAGUGGUUCAAAUGUUGAAAAGUACUCUAUGACAAUUAAAGAAAAUGACUUUAUUGCAACACCAGAUGCAGUUAUAUGCCAUCCAUCUGCCUUAGAUAGUGACAAAAUCUUUGCUGUUAUAACGGUAAAACAAGAUCAAGAAGAAGAAAAUGAUCCAGUUGAAAGUUCAAGCAAAAAACAGAAGACAUCACCUGAAGACCAUAUUGAUUCCUGUCUGAAAGGUCAACAUUGUGGUCAGCUCGUGUGUACAUUACCGUUCUCUGUGUUUGGAAAUUGUGGAAUGUAUGGAUUUGUUGUACAAGAAACAAAUGUGACAUUAACAUGUUUCCGGCCAGAUGAUGGAUAUUACGAAGAUUUGUGUAAUGGAUGUUUACGGCAAAACAAAGCAGUUGUGACAUUUAGUAAACAAUAUAAUAUUCUAAAGAAAAAUGACAGAAGACAAUUAGUGGAUAUGUUGUUGGAUUUUGAAAAGUUACUGAAAUUUCUUUCUGUGAAAAUAUAGCCAGCAGAUUUUGUUGUUACAUGUAUUACAUUCAUCCUUUAUUAAAAAAAAAAUUGUUUGGACUUUCUGAACAACUAUUUUUGAGCCACUUUCAAAGUAGAGAGAACUCUAAGGAUCACUAUAAAUUGUCUUGCAUUGGACUCACAUGUUUCUUUUAUUCACAACUCCCCAAUGAGCGUCAGGAAGAAACGGCUGUAUUGCAAAGUUGUAUUUUUUUAUGGAAAUACACAAUCAUGUUUUUAUAAUGAAUGUCAUGUCAGAAGUA